CAGAGUGCUUCAGGCGGUGCUGCAGCUGCUCCAGGCUAGACUCGUACGGUCCCUAGAGUCGGCCGCGCGAAAUCUCGAGGUGGUCGCCUCGCCUCCUCGUCGUCGUCGACCAACUCGCUCAUCUUGACCUCUCCCUCGUCGACUCGCACCCAUGGCGGCAAAGGCACCGACAGAGCAAGAGCUCGCGCAGCAGGUCCGCCUCCGUCAAAACGAGCUCCAGGCGCUCGUCUCUAAGAUCAACGAGCUCGAGCGCGAAGCCGAGGAGCACUCGCUCGUCCUCGACACCCUCCAGAAGGCGCACAAGACGGCCCCGGAGCGCAAGUGCUUCCGCCUCGUCGGCGGCGUCCUCGUCGAGCGCACCGUCCAGGACGUUCUCCCGCAGCUCGAGGGCCAGUUUGAGCAGCUCAAGACGGUCCUCGAGACCCUCGCGGCCCAGUACAAGAUCAAGGAAUCGGCGUUCGGGCAGUUCCAGCGCGACAACAACAUCGUCCUCCGCCAGCGGUGACCCGUCGUCGUCCCCCUCCCCUCGCACUCUGUACCUCCCCCUCGUUGUCCUGUAACAUCGCCGCACCUGCUGUUUCUUGCACAC